AGCAGACACUUUUCUCCAAAGUGAUUCACCUCUGUGGGAUUUGAACUUUGGUCUCCUGCAUGAGAGACGGUUGCCCUUCUGACUGAGAUAUCCAGCUGCACCAUCUGACGCCUCUGCUGUGUCUUGACUUCUGACACGGUGUUGACAGCAUCUGCCACCUGCUGUCCUCCUCUGCCUUUCUGAUGCUGACACAAGAUGCUGUGUUUCGGAAGACGCUGUAUGCCAACACCACCAUCUUCAUGAGGUUCCAGAAUGACACAGGAUCAUGUGACAGAAACCUGGCGCUUAACAUCAGCUGGUACCUGCGCUCAUCUGUCUGCUACAACGAGGUCUUCAAUACACCCGACAACAAAGCCAUGAACAUGUUUGGGAUGGAUCACAUGUUAAAAGACGGUUGGAGUGGCUUCUACAGUCAGGGCUACAUGUAUUUUGACAACUGCUCCUCCCUCUUUUCGCCUAAGGUUUAUUUUGCAGAAUUCAAUCCUUAUCAGCAACUGUCCAGCCCAAAUAGUGACCCAUCGAAUCGCAGUUUUACUUGGCCUGACAAGCCGGACAUCGGAGCAGUGGCCACAGCUUGGGAGGACAGCCCUUAUCUCUUCAUAGUGAAGGUGCAGCCCAUGUUUCGUGGCAUGGAGGAUGAAGACAUCGGAGCAGAGCAGCUCAUCUUUUCUUUUACAAUGAAAGUGGAGAUGAAAGGCCCCCAUGACUACUCCUCCCCAGCAGACUGGCCUCUGAUGAUGUUCUUCAUGGUCAUGUGUAUUGUGUACGUCCUGUUUGGGGCUCUCUGGCUCUUCUGGUGUGCUUGUUAUUGGAGGGAUCUGCUGCGGAUCCAGUUUUGGAUCGGUGCUGUCAUCAUCCUCGGGAUGCUGGAGAAAGCCGUUUUCUACUCAGAAUACCAGAACAUCCGUUACAAAGGAGACUACGUUCUGGAUGCCGUGAUUUUUGCUGAGUUGCUCUCGGCACUUAAAAGAUCCCUGGCUCGAAUCCUGGUUCUCAUUGUCAGUCUUGGCUAUGGGAUAGUCAAACCCCGGCUGGGUACUACGGUGCAUCGUUUGGUAGCUGUUGGGCUUCUCUACCUUAUCUUUUCCUCAGUGGAAGGUGUGCUGAGAGUGACAGGUGGUUUCUAUGGUACAGUCGCCCAUGUGGCUAAUCUCAGCCUCUCCCUUAUUGACUCCUGCGUCAUGUGGUGGAUUUUCAUCAGCUUGUCACAAACCACUCGUCUCCUGAAGCUUCGUAGAAAUGUGGUGAAGCUUUCUUUAUAUCAGCACUUCACCAACACGCUCAUCUUCUCUGUUGUCGCCUCCAUCAUAUUCAUUAUCUGGACUACUAAAGUCUUCAAGCUGGUUGACUGUCAGAGGGGUUGGCGGGACUUAUGGGUAGAUGAUGCUUUCUGGCGUCUGUUGUUUUCCACUAUUCUGCUGGUCAUCAUGGUGCUGCUGCGGCCUUCUGCUAAUAGCCAAAGGUUCUCUCAUUCCCCUCUGAUUGAUGAAGAUGAUGAAGAAGAUGAAGCCAAGGAGCCCAUGCUGAACGAAGCUUUUGAGGGAAUGAAGAUGAGAGGUUCAAAGCCUGACACUAAUGGUUCCCAGAAACUUUUGAGUAAAGAGGAUGAGGACCUGAAAUGGGUCGAGGACAACAUUCCUACGUCUGUUGCUGAUGUAGCUCUCCCUGUAAUGCUUGAUGAGGAGGAGGAAAUCUUGAAAACCAAGAUGGAGAGAUCCAAAAUGGAGUAGAAGCAAAUGAAAGAAGGUGAUGGAAGAUGGGAAAGUAACAUCUCUGAGGCAGCGAUGAAUGCGUUCUGAGUGAUAAAAUUACCAAAAAACAACAAAAAACAAAAAGAAAAAGUUCUUUGAAGACACCUUCUUGUGAGGUGUGUGUGUGUGUAACACCAUUAUAAGCUCAGAAAUAUGAAUAGUGUAAUAUAUUAGGUACUGCUGUCCUGAGUUGGAUGUGAUGGUUGUUGAUGUUGAUCAGCACUCUGAGAUUUGGGUGAAACUCAAGUAAUUACACGCCAGAUUUUUUCUUUUUCUAGAUUUUCUAUUUUGCUGCUGUUUCAUUAGAGGUAAAUAAAGUUAAGCAGACACUGGACAUGUUGAAUAUUUGUCAAAACCCUGCCCUGUGGGGGUUUGCUUUACACAGUAUGGAAUGGGGUGUGUGGUUUCUUGAGCUUUGAGUUAUCAAUGGAAACUUUAUGGAUAAAACUUCCCCUCCCACUUCAUGCUGCAGAAGCGAAGCCAUGUUGAGUUUUCCUCAGCGGUUGUCUCAGCAAAGCUAUCAGAUGAUGCAGAUAGUAGCACACUACAUGUGCUAGCACAGCCAACACAGCAUCUUAACACUUGAAUAAUAGAACAUGCAGUGCCAUGUAUGUGAACAACUUGUGUUUUUAGUGUUUUGUUGUGUUACAAACUUAAUUGGUCAUCCAGUGAGGAAGGAAACAUCACAUGAGUAGCUGUUUUGCCAAAUAACUUAAAAGAAUAUUUAAUUGUUUCCUAAAACUUUUCUGAGCUAUUUUCCGUGUGGCUGAACUGGAAAUUGAUUUGCUUGCCUUACUUAACCACCCUUUUUGUUGUCUAGCUAACUGAAAAUUUCCAGUCAUAGAAAGAAGCCACUCCUGUUGUUUGUCAUGUGAAUAUUGAUACUUGAAACAUGCCACAGGCGAUGAGAGUGAAAAUGCUAUCUCAUGAACUGGGAGAAUGUAGAAACACUGGUUUAUGGAGCUCCUUUGAAACAGUGUGAGCUGUAAUAUCACAAAUCUGUUUAAACAGCUGAAAAUUUGUCUUAAAUUGGUUUAUAAGCUGUUGGUGAAAUGUAAAAGAUUUUGCACUUCUCUGUAAGAAGCAAAAGUACUGGACACAUUUACAAGCAUAAAUACACAAGUGUAUAUUAACUUUAAUAGAAAGUGACAUGCCACUAUUCACAUAAUAGCAGUGAUUCAGUUGCACUUUGUUUUAGUCACUGUAGUAAAAACAUGAGUCACUUAAAAACCUCAUGGUUGUGGUGUGUGCCUAAAUUCAGAUGUAGGCUAAAUAUGAUUCAUUGCAUGUAUAUUUUCUCACUCCAUCCACCAGUUGCGUCAAAGUUUUAUUACAAAGUUCUGUAAAUGAUACAUUAAUAUAAUUUCUCUGUAACAGUAACUUGAUUUUGCCUCAUUUGGUAGAAUUUUCUUCAUUCUUGAGCAAACUACUACAGUAUGUGUGGAUAUUGUCAAAUCCUUAAUUUGUUUUAAAUAUAUGUCCAAGUCUUGUAAAGAGCUUUUUAUUUCAGAGAGAAAAUUGUAUACUGUUCAACAAAAUAAAGGGUACAUUUAACACA